UUACUCCCCCCUAUUACAUCAUUCACACACACACGCAGACUCGCUUGACACAUGGUGGACAUUCAUUUGAUAUUUUUAUUUUUUGGUGCAAUACAUUUGAUAUAUAUACAGUGAAGACGUAUAUUGAGAGAUUCAUUUGUAGUGAGAUACAUUAAAUCUUAAAAUAAGAAAGAGAGAUAGGGAGAAAGGUGCGCAAGAGAUGGAGAUGGAGAAAUACAAGCCGGUGAUGGCGUUAGUGCUGCUACAGUUUACAUCUGCAGGAGUUGCACUCUUCACCAAAGCUGCUUUCAUGGAAGGACUCAAUCCCACCGUCUUCGUAGUUUACCGUCAAGCCAUCGCUACUCUCUUCAUCUGUCCCAUCUCUUUCUUCUCCGCUUGGAGCAAAACAAGCAAACCUUCUCUUGGACUAAGAGGCUUUUGGUGGGUGGCUUUCACAGCUGUUUUUGGUGUUACUGUGAAUCAGAACGCUUAUUUUAAAGGGCUUGACUUAUCUUCUUCAUCCAUGGCUUGUGCCAUGACCAAUCUUAUUCCUGCUGUAACCUUCAUCAUCUCCAUCAUUGUUGGAUUCGAGAGGAUAAAGAGUAGAAGUUUGAAAAGUGUAGCAAAGAUAAUAGGAACAGGUGUGUGUGUGGGAGGAGCCAUGGCAAUGACUUUUCUAAGAGGACCUAAACUGCUCAACGCCCUGUUAAACCAAGACAACGACACCACUUGGUUACUCGGUUGCUUAUGUCUUCUCGUCAGCACAUUUUCUUGGUCUUCUUGGUUGAUCCUUCAGGUUCCAAUUGCUAAUCAUUGUCAUGAUCACUUGUACACUUCCUCCUGGACUUGUUUCUUGGCUACCAUAGCCUCUUUCUUCAUGGCCCUCGCCUUAGGCAACACUGACUUAACGUCCUGGAAGCUUGAUUCCUCGUUGAAACUCUCCUGCUGCAUAUACUCUGGACUUCAACUCGCGGUUUCUUUCUUUCUACAAGCUUGGUGCGUGUCGCGGAAAGGACCUCUUUUCUCUGCACUCUUCAACCCUCUAUCUACGGUCAUUGUCACUUUCUUCGGCGCUCUGUAUCUAAAAGAGAAGACUUACCUUGGGAGCUUGCUGGGGGCUUUGGCUAUCAUCUUUGGGCUCUACGUUGUUCUAUGGGGCAAAACCGAAGACUAUCAAGAAGAAGCAACUGAUCUUAAACUGCAAAAUGAACACAGCACUACCUCCCAAUCUGACUUUGUUCCCAUUCUGAUUGGCGAUAGGGCUUUUAGUAGUUCUGAGCUCUUAGAACCUCUUCUCAUGUAAACUCUUAUCAAAAUUCAAAAUUCUAGAUGGGUGUAAGGAUAAGUUUUUGACAGAGUAAAAAUGAAAUGGGCACUUGUUUCACAAAAUC